CCUUAGGCUAGAGGCCAAUAUGGCACCUGUUGCCCAUGUUUGCCUCUGACUUGAGGUCGUUUAAGUCAACCCGCAAUGGAUGAGAGCCAGCCGACGUCAUGGCGGGGCGAGCCUGUACCCAUCGAGCAAUGGAUGGCAGGCGCCUUGAGCGCCCUGGCCUUUGCGCUUAUGCUGGCGCGAUGCUUCUGGAUUUCAUUGCUUUUGGCAAUCGCUGCGUUGAUUCUCGAAUUGCUGGCGCUAGCAAGCCACGGCUUGCAGAGAUACUUGGGCAUGGGGCCUGCACGAGUGGCAGUCGCCAUAGCUCCGGGAUCCAUUCGUUUUUGCAUUAUUAAUGCAAAUCUUCAGUCGCACAGCAUGAUUUCAAAACUGGCAGUGCUGCCUUUACCGCUGAUGUUGACCGGUUUCAGUGCCUCGGAGCUGAGUUUGGAGCUGCAGCGGAGCUUUCGGCUCCAGUUCCGGGCCAGCGGUUUGGGCCUGGCCGUGCGAUGUCGGGAGGCAAAUGAAUGGGAUAAAGUGGCUGCUGCACAGGGCGCACAAAGUGCUGCCCUUGCGCAGUUAGAGAAUCUCUUCAACAUCAUGGAGCGGAGAUAUCGCGAGGAGGUCGCGCUGACCUUCGCUGCGAAGUCAGAUAGAUUUGGUUCUGUGAAACAGAUGGUUGACUCAAUCAUCAACUGUGUGGAGGUGAAGGCUUCAGAUUUCUCCUUGAAGUUGGAAACAAUGAGACACACAGGUGAGGAGACUGAAAGCGCAGAGAAGUUCCUGGCGCACAUUCAGGUUGGCCUUUUUCAUUUGCCGGCUGCUGUUCCUGAAACGGAUCCCCAGAUGCCUUGUAGGGAGGUCUCUGCUUGCGAAGAGGGCGAGUCUUUCUGCCCACGUAUGCAGCGAGACAUCAGCAUCAACGGAUUUAAUUUGAACAUCCUGGGGGCCGCUGGUGCUGGACUUCGGUUAGAGGAGGACGAGGCCCAGGGUCAGCUGCAGGACGAUCUCUUUGGCUCCAUGCCCAACAUGUGCAUACGCCUGGCGAUGCCACCGGUGCUCAGCCACCUACUUUCAGGGCAAAGGCGGCCCUGGCGGCGCAUCAGCGCUGAUCUAACUGGCAGGGGCACUGCUGCAGGUACUCUGAAUGCCAAUGAGGCGCUAAUGAAAGUUGUUUGGGCGCUGCUUGGGCGCUAUCUUGCAGCUGGCGGAUGGGCAUACCAACUGCAACUUGCAGAGCUACGCGCAGUCCAGGGCGCUCAAAAUGCCGCUGAUGGAACUGUGUUGCAUCCGCAACCCCUGACUGAGGAGCGACGUAGCGAGCUGCUGGGUCAGCUCCGCCUGAAACAUUGGAACAAGUUGAAAGGGCAGCUCUCCAGCUGGGCUGCGGGAUGCUCCUACUACGAUUUGUUGGCCUUACGUUUGGAGGCUGCUGGCUGCCAUUUCCAAGAGGCAGAUGGGAAAGCAUUGUGGCGAAUGGCACUGGCAACCAUGGACAAGCACACGGCUCGAGAUUAG